AUGGCGCAGGUUUUCUCCCCCGCACUCCAUAACCGGAACACGCAAAGGCCGGUAACACUGCCUGGCGGAGGGCGUCUUUUCCUUGGGCAGCGGAGCCCAGGAGGUUCUACUUGGAACUCCCUCCGCGGCGAAAUGGCAGAGUUUCGUCUCUACAACACCUCUCUCCCUCGAGACAAAGUGCAGGAGUAUGUGUCAUGUCGCGAGAUGAACACCAGUUCGGAGCCACUUCUUAGUUUUGACAACUUGACAGAUUUCACCAUAAACAGCAAAGGAAUAUUUGGUUCCGUGUCACGAGGGGCCCUUUGCCAGAGAAAACCCUACCGUCUGCAUCUCAUUAGCAUACCGUACUCCUUUGAGGAAUCGCGGAGAGUGUGCAAGAUGCACGGCGGGCGCCUGGCCACCGCCCCGAGCGCCGAGGAAAUACAACUCAUCACCGAGCAGUUUUCGGAGUUCAGGCCGCAGUGCGCCACGCCCAGGGGAACCUUCUACUGGCUCGGCCUCCAGUUCGACCACACGACGAAGGCCUGGCUGGACGUCACCACUUUGUCGCCCGUUCCUCCGCGCGAUUCCUCGGACGCGAGCGAGCCCACGUUUCCCUGCGCCACGGCGGGAAUUCCCCUUUCUCCUUCGUGGCAUUCGAUCAAUUGUGACGCCCUUUCGUGCCCGCUGUGUAACGUUUCCAGUCACGGGAGGCUCCUCCUGCGGGGCUUGUGUAAAGAGUCCACGUUCGACCGGUCCUUCAGCGCCUACGGCUACCACAACGGCAAGCCGGCCUUCGAGGGCUUUCAGAACAGCCGGCUGGUGUGGGACAACGCCACGUGGGUCCUGUCCACUCGCUUUAGCCGGGGCACGACGGCGAGGCUGAACUCCUCGCUGUCCUCCAGGAGCCCGCCCUUCGGCUACAAGUUCUGGAGCAUCGAGGGCGACAACUGCGGCCAGAGCAAGGCGGCGCUGCUGCUGACGCCGUGCGCGGAGGGUCAGUUCACUUGCUCCGACUUCGCCUGCAUCCCCAUCGCCCUACGCUGCGACCGCUCAUACGACUGCGCCGACAACUCCGACGAACACGACUGUCAGAAGGUCCUCUUCAGCGACGGCUACUCGAAAUCCAUCUCUCCGCCGAAUAUGAACGCUUCCCAGCCCUUGAACUUGAACUUGACUUUCGUGAUUACAACCAUUCGAGAAUUUAGUGUGGUUGGCUUCAGGAUGUCGCUCGAUGGCGUGUUGCGCUGCACGUGGCGCGACGCGAGGCUCAACUUCGCCAACUUGCACGGCAAUUUCAUGUUGAAUGAUAUCAAGAAAGAAGACGUUUGGCGCCCUUCCAUCAGCAUCUCGGACGGAACGGAGAGCAUUGUCAAGCCUGAGAUAUUGAAGGAGUUUCUUUACGUCGUGCGAGAGGGAGAGCCGUUGCCUCCUGACACCAGCAGGCUGAAGGAAGAUGUUCUCUACAGAGGCAGUGAAAAUACCAUAGUUCUUAAUUAUGCAGUGAGAAUCGAGGCCAUGUGCAUAUUCCAAUUACAUAACUAUCCCUUUGACAAACAGAAAUGUCAACUGAGAUUCAGCUAUUAUGAUAAUGCUGAUAUAAGUGUUCUGCAAAAGGGUGGAGUCACCAUGGAAGCUACAAGGGAACUACUUGAAUAUGAGAUUAUAAGUGAGACUAUGACUGAUGGUGCAACCAAGCCGUUUAUGUCGAGUAUUCAGGUGGAGAUUGAAUUCCAGAACCAAUACACCUUCUAUAUCACCAAUGUCAUAGUGCCAACCCUCCUUAUGGCAAUCAUCUGUUACCUCACCUUUUACUUCCAGCUCAAUGAUUUUCAGGACCGCAUUGUGAUUUCCUUGACGUCCAUGCUGGUGCUGGCAACGCUCUUCACCCAGAUGAGCCAGUCCAUUCCCAAGACUGCUUAUUUCAAAGUUAUUGAUGGAUGGUUCAUGUGUCUCAUUGUCAUAGACUUCUUUGUUGUUGUUAUUCACACUAUCAUUGAAAACCUCUGUGGAAUGAGAGCCUCCUCGCUGAACAAAUCUGUCAAGCACAGUCCCCCCCAAGUAGCGUGGUCUUCACACGAGCAAAAUAAUAUCAAGGGUUUCAUUAUAGCACAGAAGGUGAAUGUUGCUUCUCAAAUUAUAUUCCCCUUCUUAAUUACUCUAAUGUGCACCAUCUUUGCCAUUCUUGGCUAUUCUAGCUUAUAUAUGACACCAUAAGCAUAAACACACUAGUGGAAGAGGCACCAUCAUCAUUGUAGUGUUGAUUUUAUGGCUACAGAAACAAGUGCAGUUGAAAAGUUUCAUUACCUUCCUACACCACCUUCUCUUACUGUUCGUAAAAUACGAAGGCACAAUUAGGUUGGGUGGAAAGUAAUUCUAAAGUACAUGUAAAUGACUGUUUCUGUGUAGAUUUUGCAGAUAUUUCAUUGAGUAACCACACUUUACUGUAGAAAUGUAGAGAAUGUCCUGACUAAACAUUGUAACCCAGAAGGAAGCCCGAAUAUAUUCACUGUUGACGGGGCAGCCAAGACAAUUCAGGUAGCAGAACCCUUGCUUGCAUGUGUGCGUUGUAUCAUUAUAUAAUCUUUUGUGUAGUUUUAUAUAAGAAAUCCUCUCUUGCUGUUCUUUUUCUUCUUAGACUUACAGGAUAUCUUUGAUAAAUCCAAAUUUCAAGAAAAAUGUUUUUUUUUCUUAUAAAAAUGUUCCUGUCUAUAGUUUAGUAGUAUCUCAAAUACUUUACUCAGUGCACUUUAAUCCACAUGAAUGCAAAUAUAUCUAACUUUGAGUGUUUUACAAAAUGAAAACUUAUUAUUGUGAAAUAGGAAAUAAAUCUUAAUGUUCUACUCAAUUUACAAUAUAAAUGAAUUGCUGUUAAAUGUGUACCUUUAUAGAAGAAUAGGAUUAAGUUGUAGUGCUUAUGAACUAAGAGUAAGAUGGUUUUCAUUCACAAAUUAAGUCCCGAAGUUAAUAAGCUAAAAUCAAGCACAUUCAUCACUUCUGAAUGAUUGCACAAAACCUCUGAUAUGAAGUUCCCUAGUUUUACUUUAUGCAGGCAUAAAUCAUGAAGAAAAAAAACUCUCAUUUUGCAAUUUUUACCUAUGUAUAACACAUAUGAUGUCUACAAAUAAAAAUUAGAUAUUAGAGAAAAUUA